AUGAUAAUAACGCUGCUGAUGAUCGCUUUGUAUUUCGAGCAGCACUUUGCCACUAAUGAUCACGCAACACAACUCUCAACUCUUUUGCAGCUGCUUUGCCUGGCCGUUGUCUGUGUCCAGGCUUCGUCGCGAGGACCUGAGUCGCGCAGCGCCACGCCCACUGGCAAUGACAAGCAAGUGACAACGGGCUCUGCCGGCGUCUUGGACUCGGUGCUGCGCGGCAGUGGCAAGAGUCGUCAAUCACGCUGCGUGCGCUGCUAUGAGGAUCGUUAUUACAGCAGCUAUGGCAGCGGCGAUCGCUAUGGCAGCGGCGAUCGCUAUGGCAGCGGCGAUCGUUACGGUGAUCGCUACGGCAGCGGCUACUCAAGUCGCAGUGGAGACGAGCCGCGCAGCUCCUGGUAUUACUCCUAUGAUCGUUACGAGGAUCGCGGCAGAGAUCGUGACGCGGAUAGAUACUAUAGUCGCGAUGAUCGCUACUCGCCACGCACCUACGAUCGCUACGAGGGCAGAGGAUACGAUGAUUAUUAUAGACGUGGCUCGACUGGCUAUGAUCGCGGCUCCGGCUACAGUUACUCCGGCUACGAUAGCAGAGAUCGUUACUACGGCGAUCGUGACAGUUCACGCGAUCGUUAUUAUGAUCGUUCACGUACCAGCUAUGACAGAUACGAUCCCUACGAUCGCUACUAUUCAAGAGGUCAGUCGGGCUUCGAUAAUUCGGGCCGCGGCUAUUAUUUUGCUAGGGAUGACGACGAUCGUCGCUCCGGCGCUCAGCCCGUCUACGAUCGCGAACGCGGCCAAUCGUCUGGCGCUGCCUCGCCAUGCGGCCACCUGAUCAGCAACUGCCCAUACGGUGAUCGCGGCACCAAGGUCUCCUCCUCGGCCAUCGACAGCGACGGCUAUCGCGGCGGCCACACCACAGUCAUGGGCAAGCCCAGUGGCCAGGGCGGCUGGACGUAUCUGGGCGAUCAGGAUAAGCAGAGUUCAAUGGGCGGCAGUAAUGGUGGUGGUGGUGGUGGUGCUGCUGGUGGCAGCAGCAAUUCUGCGGGUAGUGCGAGCAGCAGUUCAGGUGGCGGUGGCGGUGGCGGCGGCGGUCGAGAUAGAGAGCGUGAUCCACAGAGCUCUUCCUAUGGUGGCCGACCACGCCCUCUAGGCGGCAGCUAUUUGUUCGACCGGGACAGCAAUGCGGUUCCGGAGAGCCCGACCGAUGCAGCCGGCUCAAAUGGUGAUGGUGGUGGUAAUGGUAGCGCCCAAAUGCCAGCAGCUGCGGCCCAAACGGCGCCCAAUCCCAGCGAGUCGCAGGCCAAUCCUGGCCCGGAUGCGCAGGCGAAGGCAGCGCAGCAGUGACUGCAAACGCGCAACCGCAGCAGCCGCCUUGUAGGCGUGGCUUAACAUAAUCUCUAUCUAUUUAUGUGUCUAAUUCCUAAGCUACAAUUAUAAAGUAUUUAUGC